UAGAAAAAAGAAAAAAAAAAAAAAGAAUUAAAAAGAAAAGAAAAAAGAUCCAUUUGGUAAUUAUAUAAACGAAAUCAAGCAAAAGUUCAUUAAUCAACGCGACAAACGUCUUACGAAUUGUGACAGAAAAUGUCCUUGCACGUUCCUUUACAGAAAAAAAAAGAAAAGAAAAAAAAGAGAGAGAGAGAGAGAGAGAGAGAGAGAGAGAGAGAAAAAAAAAGUACGAAGAACGUGAUUAUGUUCUUAGAAAGAGAGAGAAAGAGAGUAAUUAUCUUACGGUUAUGUCGUCACAGAUUACGCCACUGGAUAAUUACAAAGUUACGGUACGUCUUCGGAACGCAAAACAAGCUCGACAUUUAUCAAUUAUACUUUCGAUUUGGAACAACCAUAGAAAUAAAUAAUCCCAAUUGAAUUUAACGUACGCUAAAAAAAAAAAAAAAAGAAAUAAAAAAAUUCAUCGCAUAUAUCCUCCUUCGAUAAUUAGAAUAGAUAAAAAAUAUUAUUCUUAGGAAUCAUUUCACGUCUAUCGGUUAAACGUGAGAACUUAAUAAUGACAGACAAUUUAUGAACCGUGAAGAAAGAAAAGAUGAAGGAUGAAAAGAAAAAAAAAUUAAUAAAUAAAUAAAUAAAUGAAGAAGAAAAAAAAAAAGAAUCAUAGAAAAAGAAAUAUAAGUGUUUGAAGUUUCAUAGAGAAAUUCCGUUAGUGUUUCCACGCUUAGGUGAACAGGAAGGGGACAAUAUCGUGAUGUCCCCGUUGAUAAAGGAUGAUUAAAGAAAAAAAAAAAGAAAAAAAAGGAAAAAAAGGAAAAAGAAAACAAGAAAAUAAAACAGAAAAGAAAAACAAAGAUAAUUUGUAAAAUGUAUCGAAGUAUAUGCGACGUAAAAUAAAACAAAAAGAAAAAGAAGAAUACGCAUACGCAACAAUUUUAAGAAUGGAAGAAGGAAAAAAGGGACUCAAUGUCGAUUUGGGCGAAGCUUUACAAUUUUUACGUGAAUACGAACGAGAAGCUUCAUCCAUGUGUACCAGAGUAAUGACGUCUCAAUGGAAUUUUGGUACUAAUGUCACCGAAUCGACCAAAAGAAAAAUGUUGGACGAGCAGACAUUGAAAUUAAAAUUCGAAAGAGCAUCAUGGCGAAAAGCAGUGAGUUUUGCUUGGAGUCGAAUACCAGAUCCUUUAGCAAGAAGAGAAUUAAAAAUGAUCGUUAUAAGAGGACGAAAUGCUUUAACAGAUGACAAAUUUAACGAAAUACAUAAGCUGAUCAUUGAGAUGAAAGAUAUUUAUAGUAGAACGAGAUUGUGUCCUUACAGAAACAUGGGAUCAAAUUGUAAUUUAAGUAUAGAUCAUGAUAUUAGCAAGAUUAUGGCACAAUCUAAGGAUUAUGAUGAAUUACUCUAUUAUUGGCAUGCCUGGCACGAAGCCAUAGGGCCACCCCUUAAAAAUAAUUUCAUGAGAUAUGUGCAAUUAAGUAAUCAAGCAUCCAGGCUCAAUGGAUUCGCCGAUACCGGAGAUCAAAUGAAAGAAUUUUUUGAAGACGAACACUUAGAACAAAACAUGGCUGAAGUGAUAUAUGCAAUAAUGCCAUUAUAUAAAAAUCUUUUUACGUAUGUGAGAAGAAAAUUAUAUGAAAGAUACGGCGAUAGAAUUAGAAAGGAUGGGCCAUUACCAGCACAUAUUUUGGGUAACAUGUGGUCACAAAAUUGGGAAGGGAUUUAUGAUUUAGUUCAACCCUUUCCAGCGUCUACCAAACUCGAUGUUACAUUGGAUAUGAUGAUACAGGGUUAUACACCCUUGAGAAUGUUUCAAAUUGCCGAAGAAUUUUUUACAUCACUUGGAAUGAAACCAAUGCCACCAGAAUUUUGGAGAUUUUCAAUGUUCGAGAAACCGAUCGAUCGUGAAGUUAUGUGUACGGCCGGUGCAUGGGAUUUUUGCAAUACCAUCGAUUACAGAAUAAAACAAUGUACCAAAGUAACGAUGGACGAUUUAUUAUCGACUCACCAUGAAAUGGCACACCUGCAAUAUUACUUGCAAUACAAAGAUCAACCAAUAAUAUUUCGAAAAGAAGCUAUUCCUGGUUUUCACGAAGCAGUGAGCGAUGCAAUAGUACUAUCGGUAAUGACACCUCAACAUUUACAUAAAAUUAGUUUACACAACAAUUCGACGGAUGGUUACGAGAGUAAUAUCAAUUUUCUAAUGCUUAUGGCACUUCGCAAAUUGGCUUAUAUUCCAUUCGCUUAUACAAUCGAUCAGUGGAGAUGGCGUAUAUUUAACGAAGGAAUCGAAGAUAUGACUACAAAAUGGUGGGAAUUGAGAUUGCAAUACCAAGGCAUAGUUCCACCAGUUGCAAGAACCGAAAGAGAUUUUGAUCCAGCAGCAAAAUAUCAUAUCUUGGCUGACAUACCUUACGCACAAUAUUUCGUGGGUACGAUUCUACAAUUUCAAUUGUUCCAAUCGCUAUGCGAAAUUUCUGGACACACGUCUGAACUACAUACUUGUGAUCUAUAUAGAUCACGUGAUGCUGGAAGAUUAUUAUCGGAUGUGUUAUCAAUCGGUGCUUCGAGACAUUGGCAUGAUGUUGUGAGACAAAUGACCAGAGGCAAAUCUAACAGAUUAGAUGCCGAUGCGAUAAUCAAAUAUUUUCAACCAUUGUAUGAAUGGCUCAAACGACAAAACGAGAUGGAACCAGUAAUAGGUUGGAUAACAAUUCAAGAAGAUACAGCAUUGUUCGCACAUUGGCAUCAGAAUCGAGCUAAUUAUUUUACAGCUAUCUCCUCCAUAUUUUUCAUCCUCGUUGUAGCCUCGAAUAUAUUCUUCUUCUGAACGAUCAAAGUUCAAAGACUGUAACAAAAUUAAAAGAAAA